AUGUCGAAUGAUAGCCAAGCCGCGGGGGAGGAUGACUACCUCUCCAUGUCAUUCAAUGAAGAAACUGCGCACGUCCCAGAGAGCAGUCUGCAGAGAACUGCCCGAUUGAAGCGUGAGGCUGCGAGUCGAGCCCAUCAGCCACGAAAGCGUGAGCUUGAAGAACGAGCAGCCAAAGCCCAACAAGCCAUCCUGGAUACUGCUUUAGAUAGCUCAAGCAUAGGUGCGAAAAUGUUGUCGAAGAUGGGUUUCAAGGAAGGCGGAACUCUUGGGAAGUCGGCCGAUGCACUACGAGAGCCCAUCAGGGUCAACUUUCGCCAUGGCAAAGGUGGUCUCGGUGUGGAAAGGGAGAAACGAUCAGACGACGCCAGAACGCUUAAACGAAACCGAGACGGUCUAAUCGAUGCCACUGCUGCUACUGCCAAUAGAGAUCACGUCGAGAAACGCGCAAAGGUCAGCGAAAAUGAAUAUCGGGAGCGAGCGCAAUUGUCUGCGGAGGAGCGUCGCGCACACGGCAAAUUGACAGGUGCGAUGAAGGUUUUGGAGACAUUGGAGGACGGGGCGUCAAAGGAUGAGGGGCGCGAGAUGGCCACAUUGCAACAUGUGCCUCUGCAUUCGGUCAAUGUUCUCAGGCGGCCCCUGGCACGGGAAAGACUCCGAGAAGAUCGCGAGCGGAUGAUGCAGCUCAUCAAGGCUGAAGCAAUCGCAGUCCGCGAUCGCCCGGAUGACAUUUCCGAUCCGAAGCGGAAAUUCAUCGCCGCGGCAGAUGUAGACCUUGAGGAAUCUGAUUCAGAGUUGGAGGAGUUUGAGGCGCAGCCUAUAGCAGAACAGCUGGAGAAAGUUGUAGAACAUCUGCGGGAACAGCACAACUACUGUUACUGGUGCAUGGGACAAUACCCGGAUGAAGGCAUGGAAGGCUGCCCGGGAUUGACCGAAGACGAACAUGGAUGA